AAAUACAUUCAACAGAACCAAAUGAUACUGAUACUAAUAGUGAAGCUUUUGAUUUAGAUAGUAUGAAUAAUCUGAGUUCUAAUAAUUCAAAUAUUAAUGAAUCUUCUGAAAAUAAAUUAUUGGAAAAUAGAGAAAUACAUAAUAUAGAAAGUGAAGAAAUAGUUGAAUUCUUGAAUGAAGAAUCAGAUAGUGAAGAUAUAGAUGAUGAAGAAGACUUUGACAACAUGCUAGAAGAAAAAAGACUACAAUUUGAAGAAGAAGAUUUUGAAGUAAAAUAUGUGGAUGAAGAUGAACUCCCUAUAAAUGAUAUUACUCAUCCUACAAUUGACACUAAUGCAAAAUGGGAAUUGUCUAUGCUUUUUAAAAAAUUGAAUCUAAAAGAUAUUUUUUAA